GAAAGCGACACCAGACGUGUGUCCUGCCAUGAAAGGAGGAUUUGAAAGGAACUAGCGGAGAGAUUGGAGCGGACUAAAGCAGGAGGAAUACGUUUGAAUCCACGAGGAGGCGUCUGAUGGAUACCUGUGUGACCUUCUGAAAGGUGUGCGCUUUGAAGACUUUCCAGCUGAUCCCAAUCGAGACUGCUUCAUUCGGGUCGACCAGAGUCGCUUUUGCUCAGUGGAAGAUGACAGACAGACCAAAAUGGUGGAAGGCCUUCCUGCCCAAGAAGAAGCCAGGGGCCAAGGAGCCGUCCUUCCCCGAUUUUGACCCCUUUGCGCAGAACGAUAAGAGCAAAGAAACGAAGAGCGCCAGCGAGCAGGUCCCGCCCCAGUCCCAGCCGCACGAUUCCGACAACAACUCCUGCAUGUUAAGCGACGAGACCUACGACGACUCCAUCAUCCCCACCUACUUCGACGAGCAGACGUGCCGCAGAAACUUUUUCGUGUCUCGCUCGGGCCGCUUCAGGCAGAGGAAGAAGGUGCGCUCCACCCUGCCCGUGGAGGACCCGGAGAAUGUGGCGCAGGCCAAAGAAGAAUGGAGGUGAUGGAAGGCUGACAAAAUGACUGCACAGAGGAGGGAAGACGAGGCGACGCCCCCUCCUUGAAGAUGAAGGACGAGCGCGGAGGCGGCACGUUCACAGGAUGAGGGAGUGUGGGAUUUUUUAGUUUGAGCCCCUACGUUAUGUAAAAUACUGAUAUUUGUUUCAUGAAGGACACGCCUUCUGCGGCCUUCAGGGAUUUCUCUUGUCGACUUAGGAAACGGAUCUAAAAAGACUUGACAAGGACAGUGGGAAGGGGAUUCAUAUGGCCUCAUUCGUCACAGUUUACCUGACACAUGAAGCGUGGCACUGUCCACUUUAGCCGCCAGAUGGCAGUCGAGUGUUGAAUAUCUUUGACCACAGCGUCAGUUGCUAUGAGGAGUGGCGCUUUCCAUCAUUUUCAGCAGACUGCAUUGCAAAAUGGUUGACCACCCCCCUCUUCCUCUUACGCGAGAUCCACCCAGGAAUUGGGCCAUAUGAAACCCUUCCCUACUGAAAAUAGUUUUUUUUUUUGAUGAAGGAUGAACAUUCAGCAUGUUUUUUACGGAGCUAUGAAGAUUGCGGACAAUGAAGUUAACCACUGAUGUUGAGUCAAAGUGAAAAAGGGACAUUUUACAGUUAAAAAUGGCAAAUUAGUCGCCUGAAUUUUAUCGUAACUUAACACUGCAUUCCUGUAAAUCCAAUAACGGCACCAUUGUUAUUUUUACGGUAAAAUUAUCCCUUUUUUUAACCAUAAAAUCUCUGGUCAUUGAUUUUACAGUGCAUUACAGUAAAUGAUAAAACAGUACUACGUUUACUUUUGCGGUUCUGUAUGUUUUUUUUUUACAUAAAAUUCAUAGCUGUUUUUGCAGUGCUUUGCCGUUUUCUGAUGGCAAAACUCGGCUUUUUACCACGAAAUCUAUGAUUGCAGUGUUUCCCAUAAACUGCCAAGAGACCUGUGGCGGUGGGGGCGUGGCUAUGGGCGUGGUCACCAUGACAUCGAGUAAUUUGCAUAAUUUACUACAAUGAUAUGAUUUUCUCUAAAAAGGCUCAAAAAAUGUAUACUUACUAAUUAAUAAUAACAGUUUUGUUUACAAACGGACAUCCAUCCAUUUUACAAUAUAAUUACAACACUUUAUGUACAUAUUUAUGUACAGAUUUGAACAAUAAGUUAUUCACUGAAAUAUAUUUAUUAAUUGUGGUUCUUACAAAAAAUAUAUCUUAUAAAAUAUAAAAGCUAAAAUGUCUCAUAAAGCUCUGCCCCUUUAAUUAGUGCAUACUAAAUAAUUUAACUUUAGCCUACUACUACAACCAUAUUAUUUACCAGCAACAUAAAGUGAAACAGAGGCAGAGGUGUCCUGCCACAGUCAGUAACAAAUAAACAGAAAACAGUAGUGGUGGUAGAUAGACACAGAGCUUCAUCAAACAUCUGAUCCACUGAACAAAGAGCUCCAAAAAUCUUGAACUUUAGACUGCCAUCAGUUUUACUCCCUACACUUAACCAUGUGUUUCCUACUGCCUGCAGACUUUGCACCCUCUGUUAUAUACACAUGUUGUGUUUCUAAUAUAAAUACAUUUAAUGAAGUCAAAUACAAAUAAGGCAACAAGAGAAGUAUCCUACACUUCUCUUUUGUAAAGUAAAUCUGAACAACCGAUAUGGGCAUCUACAUCAACUAUAUGAUUUGCCUGAGAAGCUGGAGAGGACAAAAAAUAAAUAAAAUUGAAAAAUGUUUUUAUUUUUUUUUGGAAUUUUUUAUUUUUUUAUUCGUGGCGGACGUAAUUCUUUCGUGGCGGGCCGCCACAAAUAAAUGAAUGUGUGGGAAACACUGGAUUGUUGUUUGUACAGAGCUUUACUGCAAAUGGAAAACCGGUACCAUUGUUAUUUUCUGGCGACUAAGGUGCCUGGGUUUUGACUGUAAAACCUGACUUUUUAACAUGUUUUACACCGUAUGACCCCCGCCACUGACGUGGGUGUGUUUUUACACUAUGCUGUGUUUACGAUCACCUGUGAAUAAUGAAAUGAAGGUAUAACAUAUGAGCAAUAAAUGUAAUA